UUGGGCUGGUUAUAGAGGCUCCAAGGAAGAUGUGAUCCCACAGCCAUUGUAUGAGGGGAAGCAAUUCUGAAUAAAGGUGAUAAUUGAUUUCUUUAGUGUAAAGUAUUUAAUUUUUAAUCAACAAGCAGAUAAGAAAGUGAUCAUCUCUUUUAGAUCUGCUUAAUGUGUUUCUGAGCACUGUCCUGUCUUCUGGGAGCCCACAAGAAAUUCCUCUCAACUAUAUGAACAUCCAGAUUAGAUCUCUCGAAAUCAUCCUUGCACCUGUUACCUGGAAUGGCUUUGGAGCAGCCGUUUCUGUCCUUUUCCAGUUCAGAAAUAUAGGAAGAAUCCCUGAUUCAUUUAAUCUCCAGGCACAGGUCUGAGAUGGGAUUGUGUAUAAACUUGGUGAAUGUUGGAGAAAGUCUCCUCCCAUUCCUGAGGGAAAGCCUUUGGAUCAGGGCAUGUGUGCUGUUCCUCUGAGUGUUCUGCACACUUGGUUCAUUUCCCCAGAACACUUUUUCCUGCUAAUUGGUCAAACCCAGGAUCACUCUGAGGGAUCUUCACACGCAGCUCCCCUUUGCUGUGACAUGACCCGCUGUGCAGUUUGUGCUUUUGGCUCAGAUCUGGCACUUGUCUCCAUGUUUUUUCUCCUUUGAAUUAGAGACAGUUUGCAAUAAUUUAUCCUGUUUAGGACAAAAUAAUUCUCAGAUUGUUUUAGGAAUAUUCCUUCCUGGAAUUUUGUUGUCCACUUCCUCCUGGAGUGCUGAAAACCUGUGGUUGCACCCUGUACUCGUUCAGGGGGAGGGAGCUAAAUGUGCCUCUGUGCUUUGUGCAGAAUGAGAUUCCUGGUGGUGCUUAGGAAAGAACUAAUAACUGCAGAAGUACCCUGAGUAGGGCUUGGCUUGGGUUUUGAUAGGAGAGGGAUGAGAGGAGAUGUGGGGGAUUAAGAACUGGGUCCCUGUCACGCUCUAAAUAUGUGGAUGGUCAUAAAUAUUAAUCUGAACUUACCAUGUGGUGUUUCAUGGCUAUAAAGAGACCACAAAGCACUUUUCACCCUUGUUUCUCUCCCCCUUCAAAAACUGAGCCCCCUUUAUUCACUUUGCUCGGAGACAGAUGUGCAGCUGGAGGACAGGCAGAGGUAACCCUGAAUCCCCUGAAUUCCUGCCUUUUUAGACAAUUGCAUGCAUAGAGCCAAACCCUGGCACGAGUGAGCCAGGCAGCUGCAGCACAUUCCAAAUAUCGCUCUAUUUAAAGCAUCCCAAGGCUCCCAGAACAACUGCAGAGACAAACCUUAAACCUGCCAUUAAACCAGCAGAGGGGGAAUGGCAGAACCAGCCCCAGCCCCGCUGUCCCGCCUGGUUGUCCCUGUGCUCCUGGCACUUGGCUGGAUCCUGGGAUGUGCCCUCAUGGUUUACAUUGUCUUCUCCUGAUGGCAGACAGAAGAAUUUACAGGGAUGUUGAUUAGAAGAACCUGGAAGUUCAAUUGAGAUUUCUAAUGGCUAAAAUAAGUAUAAAAUGAGUUAUUUUUAAUAUCAA